AUCUUCACAUAGAUCUCGACACCAUCCCAAUCUUUUGAUUUUAAAAAAUAUAUUCACCAUGAAAACACACAUCAUGCUUCUCAUAUUCUCCAGUUGCCUAGAAGUUUGGGGCAUGAAGCUGCCGAACGCAAGCGACCUCGACUAUCCUGGGACACCGGAGCCUAAGGCUACGACUCCUGGGGGCACGUCACUUAGUGGACUCGCCUGCAGUACUAUGAUUGCCGUCCCUGUUCGCACGGAAUACCCAUUGAAGGAAACAUUGUCGCCGUACGAGGGCCAUACAAACGGUUACUUGCUGAGUAGGGUCGCUAGAUCUUCUCGGGUCGCCAGUUCCUCUCAGAUCGCCAAUCCCUCUCGGCUCGGCACCCAGUCCACGAAACAUCCCGAGCAUGACGCAACUCCCGUCCCGUCGCCAAGCUGCUGCACCAAGCAUCUUGCUCAUGAAGCCUCAAACAACACUAGCGCCUCGUUCCAGUGCCCUACAGAUCUUCCGGGUCAGUCUACGGCGUUCGACAACGAUCUCUUUGUUGCAAUUCUAUUCGGUGUACUUGGCUUUGCCACAGCUUUGGUCAACAUCUGGCUUCAAUAUUUAGCUUUGCAGAGGCAGCAAUUUUACGCUGGUCGAGGAGCGCGAAUCUGACCACAGAUAGACAUCCUGUUCGACUCGAAGGUAUUUGGCGAUAUGUGCUUUUUUCUUCCAUAGACUAAGUUGUCCGUGAUGCGAAGUUUUUCUACUGUUAUUAGUAGAUGUAGGGUUUACAUAUAGAAAACACCAGUCUCUGGGCGAAGUAGUUAGCGAAAUGGCUAAUGCAACUCUGGCA